GGGGUGGUCCCGGGGCUCUCCGCGCGCGCUUCCGGCCCGCGCGCCCCGGUCCCCGGCGGAGAUGGCGUGCGCCGCCGCGCGGUCCCCGGCCGAGCAGGACAGGUUCAUCUGCAUCUACCCCGCGUACCUGAACAACAAGAAGACCAUCGCCGAGGGCCGGCGCAUCCCCAUCAGCAAGGCUGUUGAAAAUCCUACAGCUACUGAGAUUCAAGAUGUGUGCUCAGCAGUUGGACUUAAUGUAUUCCUUGAGAAAAAUAAAAUGUACUCUAGAGAGUGGAAUCGUGAUGUUCAGUACAGGGGCAGAGUCCGGGUCCAACUCAAGCAGGAAGACGGCAGCCUCUGUCUCGUACAGUUCCCAUCACGUAAGUCAGUAAUGUUGUAUGCAGCAGAAAUGAUACCUAAACUAAAAACAAGGACACAAAAAACAGGAGGUGGGGACCAAAGUCUUCAGCAAGGAGAGGGAAGUAAAAAAGGAAAAGGAAAGAAGAAGAAGUGACCGCGUAUGGGAACCACAUCUGGUACUACUGAGAGAGACCAUGAACGAAGGCUUCUAAUUUAAGAGAAACAGCUUUUUAUUUGCAUCAUUUAACCGAACUAUGGACAUCUCUGCCUCUCAGCUUCAGCAUCAGAGUUGACAGUGAAGUAAAUUUGCAUCAGAACUUUGCAUCUAGCUCUUACGCAGUAUAAAAGAAAAUUUUGUUUGCUUUUCAACGCAGUUUUUGUGGAAGAGAGAAGCAUACUUUUAAAUGGACAGUGAACUCUACCAUAAGUUACUUGAAAUCCUGUAUCUGUCCUGUGUGUAAACAUGUUUUAGAUAAAUGAGUUUAAAGAUUCGAAAUACACAUUUUCUUCAACGUCUAGUUAAUGAAAUAAAAUUUGAAACUGA